CCCCUACGAGGCAUCACAAGCUGUAGCACACAGAUGAGUUUGUGGGGUCUCAGCGUGGGGUCUGGGCAUGUGAUGGGGCAUUUUGGGGCAGGGGAUGAAAGGCCGCUCUGUGAGCCCCGGAGCUGGUGUGGAAGGAGCCCUUCUCGCUGACACCCAGUCUCUCUCCUCUCCACUGCCUGCCCUGGGCUGCUCUGACCGUGCACCCCCCGCAGUACAUGGGGUGCAUUGAAGUGCUGCGCUCCAUGAGGUCCCUCGACUUCAACACCCGGACACAGGUCACCAGGGAAGCCAUCAACAGACUGUAUGAGGCGGUGCCAGGUGUGAAGGGCAUCUGGAAGAAGAAGGCUCCUAACAAAGCCCUGUUCUCCAUCCUGGGCAAGAGCAACCUGCGCUUUGCUGGCAUGAGCAUCGCUGUCAACAUCUCCGUUGAUGGGCUGAACCUCAUGAUCCCCACCACACGCCAGAUCAUCGCUAACCACCACAUGCAGUCCAUCUCCUUCGCCUCCGGUGGGGACCUGGACACCACGGACUAUGUCGCCUACGUUGCCAAGGACCCCAUCAACCAGAGAGCCUGCCACAUCCUGGAGUGCUGUGAGGGGCUGGCACAGAGCGUCAUCAGCACAGUGGGACAGGCCUUUGAGCUGCGCUUCAAGCAGUACCUGCACAGCCCCCCCAAGGUGGUGAUACCCCCAGACAGGGCACUGGGUGCUGAGGAGUCGGCCUGGGGGGAGGACGAGGAGGUGGCCGAGCACGACUACUACAACAGCAUCCCAGGGAAGGAGCCCCCACUGGGGGGGCUGAUUGACUCCCGGCUCCGUCACGGCACAGUCCUGGGUCACGUCCACACUCAGCCCUCCAGCUCUGUCCCCUCCAACCAGGGCGGGUUUGCAGCCAGGCGAGACCCUAAUGGCCAGCCGGGGCCACCCUGGGACCUGGAGAACCAGGGCCAGCCCUGCGACGGGUACCUGCAGGCAGAUGGCCAUUCCCUGGGGCCACGGGACUAUGAGGAGCACAUGUACGUGAACACGCAGAGCCUGGACGCCUGGGAGCCGGAGGCAACGGCUCACGGAGUGACAGAGGAGAGCCCCAGAAAGGACCUCUUUGACAUGAGGCCUUUCGAGGAUGCCCUGAAGCUCCAUGAGUGCCUUGCAGGGGGUGGCACCAGCCCCCCCAUCGAGGACCAGUGGCCGAGCCCCCCCACGCGGAAGGCCCCCAUUGCCCCCACGGAGGAGCAGCUUCGGCGGGAGCCCUGGUACCACGGGAAGAUGAGCCGACGGGAUGCUGAGAGGCUCCUGCAGAUGGACGGGGACUUCCUGGUGCGGGACAGUCUCACCAACCCGGGGCAGUACGUCCUGACCGGCAUGCACAGCGGGCAGCCCAAGCAUCUUCUGCUGGUGGACCCUGAGGGAGUGGUAAGGACCAAGGAUGUGCUGUUUGAGAGCAUCAGCCACCUCAUCAGCCACCACCGGCAGAACGAGCAGCCCAUUGUGGCAGCGGAGAGCGAGCUGCACCUCCGCCAGGUUGUACAGAGGAAGCAGUGACGUCCCUGAUCUGCUCCCCUGGCACUGGACUCGCCCAAGCCCUGGGGCAAAGCUGCAGUCCCUCUGUGCUGCCCUCCCCCGGUUGUACCUGGCCUCUGCAGUCUGGGGUCAGGCUCCCCAUCUUCCUCCCCAGAGGGGUCUUGCAGUCCCUGGCCCUGUGAGUCCCCCCCGGCUGCUGCCUACCUCCAUCAGCCACACGGAGCCCCUUGCCCAGCCAGACAAAAAGACAUUUAAUUCCACGUGUGCAGGCAAAACACUGUCAGGGUGGGAACUGGUGGGCAGCCUCAGCAGGAGGAACGGAGCCUGAACCCAUCUUUGGCAGGGCUGCCCCUGCUUGUCCCAGCACUGGGACGAGGGCUGGUGGGAAUCAUUGUAGCCUCCGG